AUGAACGACGCAGAUGUCUCCAAGCAAAUCCAGCAGAUGGUGAGGUUUAUCCGCCAAGAAGCCGAGGAGAAAGCCAACGAGAUCUCUGUUUCCGCCGAAGAAGAAUUCAACAUCGAGAAGUUGCAGUUGGUUGAGGCUGAUAAGAAGAAGAUCCGUCAAGAGUACGAACGCAAAGAGAAGCAAGUCGAUGUUCGGAAGAAAAUUGAGUACUCUAUGCAGUUGAAUGCUUCACGGUUAAAAGUUCUUCAAGCUCAAGAUGAUGUGGUUAAUAAAAUGAAAGAGGCUGCAGCCAAGGAACUCUUGAAUGUGAGUGGUGAUCCCGAAGUGUACGGAAACCUCUUAAAAGAACUCAUUAUUCAGAGUUUGCUGAGGCUGAAAGAACCUUCUGUUCUAUUGAGGUGUCGGGAAGUGGACCUUCCUUUGGUAGAGGAUGUCUUGGAGUCAGCUGCUCAAGAGUAUGCUGAAAAAGCAAAUGUUCAUGUACCAGAGGUUGUUAUUGAUAAGGAUGUUUAUCUUCCACCUGCCCCCAGCCAUCACAAUCCCCAUGAUCUCCACUGCUCUGGAGGUGUGGUAUUGGCUUCUCAUGAUGGAAAGAUUGUGUUUGAAAAUACACUUGAUGCACGUUUGGAUGUAUUGUUCCGUAACAAACUCCCAGCGAUUCGCAAGGAGCUCUUUGGACAAGUUGCUGUUUGA